AUGAACGAAAUACUCUUACUUGWGGAGGCCGUCUCGGAAGUUGACCUGGUAAGUGUGCCAUUGGGGAACUGCGAGGCRGAACUUGAGCUUGAGGUUGCAAUGAGAUUCGAGGUCUGGGUUGAGAACGAGCUGAACGACGAUGUUCUGGGAAUCGAGGUACUCUGGGGAGAGAUAGAUCCUAAAGCUGUAGCUGAAGCCGAAACAGUGCUGUUUGGUCCCUGUAACUCUGUCGAGCUUCUCAGGGGCAGAGACGAAGACUCGGAGAUGGAGGCAGAGUCAGGUAUCGAUACAAAAGGCGAGCUGUCUGUUGAAGGUCGGGGGAUCGAGAGUGACAAGCCAGAAGACGUAAAAGCGUUGGUUCCAGAAGCAGAGCUCCCAACGGUAGGACCGCUGGUGACUGGUAUCUCCGAGUCUGCUGAUGUGCCAGAACUGAGGUUGGCGACUGGUUCUGAUGUAGCGGCAGUUGAUGGGAGCGAGGACUUCGGGGUGGCCACAACGGGCGAGGUCGUCAAGACCAGAGUAGUGCCUGAUCCAGACAAGAAGCUAGUUACUGWGAAGAUUGUCGGAGCGCUGAGUUGA